CGCCAUCUACCCCACGGUCCGCCCCACGCUCCUCCAAGAUUUUGGAUUUUGGUGGUUCUGCUGCGGUUCGGUAGCUUCCAACAUGCAGCCCUGCAGCACAUUACAACUCCAAUGAACCACUAUUAGGUAUUCCUGGUAGCCCCGAAGACCAUCCACAUGCCUUAGGUCUCCAUGUGACACCUCCGAUCGCCCUACACAUCUGGAAAUGCUUUGAUGCUCUUCACUAGGAGCAUAUCAUAAGCAGCCCUCUCACAACGCGCGCCCCCGUCAUGGCAUCCUCCAAAGCAAAGCCAGCUCUGUCCAAGCAACAGCCCAAGAAACUGCCCCCCGUACCAAAAGGCCAGACAGUCCAGCGCGGCGCUCUGCCCCGACGCGACCCGUCCACCCACUCCGCGCACCGCAUCUACGUCAACGGCCGCUCGCCCUUCCGCUCCAUCACCACGCGCGUCCGCAAGCAGCUCGACAAGUCCCUCCGUGCCGCCUCCUCGGCCUAUCCGCAGUCCCUCACCAACACCGUUGCCAGCAAGAAUGGCCUGCUACCGCUGGACAGACGGAUACAGGCGCUGCAGAAGGGCCCGGAGGACGGCAUCUCGCUAGACGAUGCGCGCCAGGUCGUGGUCAUCGGCGCCGGCAAGGCCAUCGAGAAGGUGGUCAACGUUGCUGCCUUCUUCCAGGGACAGGGUGACGUCGAGGUUCAGUUGCGGACUGGCAGUCUAGGGGCCGUCGACGAGAUCAUGCCGGAAGAGGAGGAGGAGAACGGUCUAGGGAUAGGCGUCGGUGAGAGAGAGAGGAUGGUUAGCUGCUUGGAGGCGGUCAUCAAGUUGAAAUGAAGGUUCGGGGCCUGUUAUCAAGGUCGGGGGAUCUAGGUUUGCAUCUUUUGGCGUUAUAGGUUGAGCCUUCUGCUCGCAUGAUACCCAUUCAUAAAUCCACCGCGUCGAAAUGCAUGAAAUUGACUAUUGCAGGAUUGAUCAAAAUUUCAUGUCAAUAGGAUGAUUGGAACUCGAAGUGUACAAAGUCCAUGCUACAACAUCUCUAAGCAAUAGCUGUCUGCCUGCAAUUAUG